AAAUUGGAAUGGGAUUGACAGGAUUUGGAGUGUUUUUCCUGUUCUUUGGAAUGAUUCUCUUUUUUGACAAAGCACUACUGGCUAUUGGAAAUGUUUUAUUUGUGGCUGGCUUGGCUUUUGUAAUUGGUUUAGAAAGGACAUUCAGAUUCUUCUUCCAAAAACAUAAAAUGAAAGCGACAGGAUUUUUCCUUGGUGGUGUCUUUGUAGUCCUUGUUGGUUGGCCUUUAAUAGGCAUGAUCUUCGAAAUUUAUGGGUUCUUUCUCUUGUUCAGGGGCUUCUUCCCUGUGGUUGUUGGUUUCAUUAGAAGGGUACCAGUCCUUGGGUCCCUCUUGAAUCUACCUGGAAUUAGAUCAUUUGUAGAUAAAGUUGGGGAAAGCAACAAUAUGGUAUAA